CGCCGGGACUCCGCGAGCACCUGCGGCGGCCUGGGUUUCGGGGCGACUCGGGUCACCGCGCGCCCCUCCUCCGGGCCUGAGUCACGGCACCGCGGGUCCCCACGCGGAGAUGCCGCGGUGAGCAGCCGGGACGGGCCGUCGGCCGCCGAGCUGCGCCGCGCGGGAAGCCAGGCCGGCAGGCGCACUGCCCUCCCCCGGGCCUCCGCACGCCGCGCGCGCCCCCGGCCCUGCCCGCCCUCCAUGGCGUUCAUCCGGAAGAAGCGGGCGCUGCAGCAGCAACUCUACUCCAAGGAGAGAUUUUCCUUGCUCCUGCUUAACUUGGAGGAGUACUACUUCGAACAGCAUACGGCGAAUCACAUUCAGCACAAGGGUAGUCAGAAUGAAAGGAAAAUCAGAGGCUCCUUAAAAAUAUGUUCAAAAUCAGUUAUUUUUGAACCAGAUGCAAUAUCCCAGCCCAUCAUUAAGAUUCCUUUGAAAGAUUGUAUAAAAAUAGGAAAACAUGGAGAAAAUGAAGACAGUAGACCCUUUGCAAAGGCAAAAUCUGGGGAGAUCUCGCUCAUUUUCAGUCAGGUAUAUUUCAUUAAGGAACACAACAUUGUUGCACCAUAUAAAAUAAAAAGGGGCAAAAUGGAGUAUGUCUUUGAAAUGGAUGUUUCAGGAAAAGUGGAAGACGUUGUGGAGACGUUGCUUCAGCUUCACAGAGCUUCCUGCCUUGACAAGCUGGGAGACCAAACUGCAAUGAUAACAGCUAUUUUACAGUCACGUUUGGCUAGGACAUCAUUUGACAAAAACAGAUUCCAAAGUGUUUCUGAAAAGCUGCACAUGGAAUGCAAAGCAGAAAUGGUGACACCCCUGGUGACGAACCCUGGGCAUGUGUGCAUCACUGACACAAACCUGUAUUUUCAACCUCUUAACGGGUAUCCGAAACCCGUGGUCCAGAUAACACUCCAGGAUGUCCGCCGCAUUUACAAGAGGAGGCACGGCCUCAUGCCCGUGGGCUUGGAAGUGUUUUGCACAGAAGAUGAUCUCUGUUCUGACAUCUACCUAAAGUUCUAUGAACCUCAAGAUAGAGAUGACCUCUAUUUUUAUAUUGCCACCUAUCUAGAGCAUCACGUCGCCGAGCACAGCGCUGAGAGCUACAUGCUACAGUGGCAGCGCGGGCAUCUCUCCAACCGCCAGUACCUCCUGCACCUCAACAACCUGGCAGACCGCAGCUGCAAUGACCUCUCACAGUACCCAGUGUUCCCAUGGAUAAUAAACGACUACUGCAGCAUAGAACUGGAUUUGUCAAAUCCAGAAACCUUCCGGGAUCUUAGUAAGCCCGUCGGGGCCCUCAAUAAGGAACGGCUGGAGAGACUGAAGACACGCUACCAAGAAAUGCCUGAGCCAAAGUUCAUGUAUGGCAGUCACUACUCUUCCCCAGGUUAUGUGCUGUUUUAUCUUGUUAGGAUUGCGCCGGAGUACAUGCUAUGCCUACAGAAUGGAAGAUUCGAUAAUGCAGAUAGAAUGUUCAACAGUAUUGCAGAAACUUGGAGAAACUGUUUGGAUGGUGCAACAGAUUUUAAAGAGUUGAUUCCAGAAUUCUAUGGUGAUGAUGUCAGCUUUCUAGUCAAUAGUCUGAAGCUGGAUCUGGGAAAGAGACAAGGCGGGCAGAUGGUUGAUGACGUAGAACUUCCCCCUUGGGCGCAGAGUCCCGAGGAUUUUCUCAAGAAGAGCAGAGAUGCAUUGGAAAGCAAUUAUGUGUCCGAACACCUGCAUGAGUGGAUUGAUCUAAUAUUUGGCUACAAGCAAAAAGGGAGUGAUGCCGUGGGGGCCCAUAAUGUAUUUCAUCCCCUGACCUAUGAAGGAGGUGUAGACUUGAACAGUAUCAAGGAUCCUGAUGAGAAAGUAGCUAUGCUAACCCAAAUCUUAGAAUUUGGGCAAACACCAAAACAGCUCUUUGUGACACCACACCCUCGAAGGAUCACCCCAAAGUUUAAAAGUUUGUCACAGACCUCCAGUUACAAUGCCUCUGCAGCAGAUUCUCCAGUCUCUCCAGGUGAAGAGUCUUUUGAGGAUCUUACCGAAGAAAGCAAAACCCUGGCCUGGAAUAACAUCACCAAACUGCAGUUACACGAGCAAUAUAAAAUCCACAAAGAGGCAGUGACUGGAAUAGCUGUCUCUGGCAAUGGGUCCUCCGUCUUUACAACCUCACAAGAUUCCACGUUGAAGAUGUUUUCUAAACAAUGUAAAACACUACAAAGAAGUAUAUCAUUUUCAAAUAUGGCUUUAUCAUCUUGUUUAGUUUUGCCAGGAGAUGCCACUGUCGUAAGUUCUUCUUGGGAUAAUAACAUCUAUUUUUAUUCCAUAGCAUUUGGAAGACGUCAAGACACAUUAAUGGGACAUGACGAUGCUGUUAGUAAGAUCUGUUGGCAUGACAAUAGGCUGUAUUCUGCAUCGUGGGACUCUACAGUGAAGGUGUGGUCUGGUGUUCCUGCAAAUAUGACAGGCACCAAAAGACACCAGUUUGACAUGCUGGCUGACCUGGAACACGAUGUCAGUGUAGAUACAAUCAGCUUAAAUGCUGCAAGCACACUGUUGGCUUCAGGCACCAAAGAAGGGACAGUGAAUAUUUGGGACCUCACUACAGCCACCACACUGCACCAGAUUCCAUGCCAUUCAGGGACUGUAUGUGAUACUGCUUUUAGCCCAGACAGUCGCCAUGUCCUCAGCACAGGAGAAGAUGGCUGUCUAAAUGUCAUAGAUGUGCAAACAGGAAUGCUCAUCUCUUCUAUAACUUCAGACGAGCCCCAGAGGUGCUUUAUCUGGGAUGGAAAUUCUGUUUUAUCUGGAAGUCAGUCUGGUGAACUGCUUGUUUGGGACCUCCUGGGAGGAAAAAUGAGAGCAAGAAUCCAGGGCCACACAGGUGCUGUGACAUGUAUAUGGAUGAAUGAACAGUGUAACAGUAUCAUUACAGGAGGGGAAGACAGACAAAUCAUGUUCUGGAAAUUACGUUACUAAGUGCCUUUUCCUCUCUUGAAUAUUAAAUUGAACUUUACCUAAUGUAUUUUUAAACCAAACUUUUAAAUGAAGUGGUAAGUGUGCAAUGAUAGUAAUGAGAAGUUUUACCACGUGAUCAAGUUCUGGUUUUAAACUUUCUAAAUCAUGACUUCAUUGAAAGCCAUUAGUUGCCAUCCUCUGAAGCAGAUAAAGAUAAUGGCAGUGUUAGAAAACAUGGCAUCUGUAAGGCCGACUGAUCAUCCUACUAUGAUGACAGAAGACAGUCUUGGGUAUCAAAGAAAGUAUCUAGCGGAUAGCAACUAGGGAGACUUUCAGAAAGCAAUGAACAGUUCAGAAUUUUCCAAGAAUAUGCAGUAUUCUCUACUACUACAGAGUCACUCUAUUUUGUCUUCCUUAUUUACAGUUGCUGCCCAUUGGGCUUUUGCGUAUGUGUUUUCAUGGAGUGGUUGCUUUCUAUAACCUACUGUCCCAGAUUCUAAGAACCUGGGGAAGGAUUAGCAGUUCUUAUAGCAAUUUACUGUAUACAGGAACAGUUUGUUUCAUUAUUGCUAUUAAAUGCUCAUCUUUUCUACAUUAAAAAUAUUUUUCUGUAAUGAAAGUU